CCAAUACGUCUGUAUCAGUAGCAGUACACAUCGCCAGGUUACAGCUUGUGGGUUGCACUGUGACACGAACACACAACCCGCUUUAACCCCAGUUAGUCUUUCUACUGCUCCUGCGACCAACUGAUGUCGCUUCGACAUGCUGGAUCAUAUUUAAAAUAGCGGCACUUCAUUCGCGGCUUUGCCCAAGCUUGCGCAAGCUGGAGCUCCGUAGGAAUCCAAAAAUGGAGCCAGGGCGCUGCGGCAGCGGCGUUGAUACCAGGCGCGGCAAAAAUGCUUCAGAAGUAGCUGUGCCUGGCUACGCGGCGCCGACUGCCAAAGCAGCUCGGGCGGAGACUGAGAGCCGGCGCCGGCGUGUGCACUCCGCGCUCGCCUCGCGAGCGGGUGCGGCGGCCCUGCGCGGCGCCUGGGUAGAUGCGCAGUUCCCUGCCGCGGACUUUGAGGCCGUCAUGGAGCUGUCCGGGAAGGCAAAGCAGCUGAGCCCCGGGGCGGCUGAGAACCGACGGGUGGCGGCGCGGCUGCCGGCGGGGUUCCCGGAGAUGGUGUUGGGGGAGCUGACGGAAGGGCGGCAAGCACUGGAGCGGCGGCUGAGCGCGCUGGCCACCGCAUGCAGAGCAGCCGCCCGGCCGCCGCCCGCCGGCUCCCGCGGGGAGUCAUCACCUAGUGCAGCCGCGGGCACUGCCGCUAGCGGCAGCAAGGGCGCCAGCGUCAGCGCCAGCACUGACGUCGGCAAGGUCAGCACAAGCGCAUCGGAUGUGGCCUUCUCAGGCACCUCACGUGCAAGGGGUGGCAGCAGCGAGACUGGCGAAACUGAGUCACUCGGGGCGCAAUCCUUCACGUUCAGCACGCCCCGACGCCCGCCGACGCCUCCCACAGUGGCUCGGCCACCGCCGCCGCUACCGGGUCUGGGCCUACAACCACCAUUACCAUUGCCAACACCAACACGAGCAGCAGCUGCAGUUGCAGCAACAGGAGCAGCAGCUUUCACCACUCCCGCAUCGCCCCUUGCCUCCCCUGCCGCGGCUCAGCAACCUACAACCUCAGCAGCUCCGGUUGAGCUGAGGCGGCAAGCCAGCGACCGGCACCCUUGGGACGCAGGGGCACCGCCAGAAGGACUAGUCGCGUCCGGUGGUGCUCGGCGGCAGCUGUUCAGUGGUGGGCCUAUAGGGCCAGUGCAAGGGCCAGUGCCGGGGUCGACGUCUGUAGCUGCUGUGGGAGCGGCUGGCGCAGCUUCUGACACAGGAGGUAGCAGCUCAACUCUGCUCGACUUGCGGCGGCAGCUGCAUCGCCCCGCCGCCGCACCUGCGCCAGUGGCGGCCGAGGCGCUUGUGGUGGCGUCACAGGCCGCCGCCGCUGGCAGCUCCGUCGCCGCCGGCGCAGCCGUGGCAGCGCUAGAUGGGCUGCUGGGAGUCGCACCGCCGCCGCCGCCGCCGGGGCCGUACCUGCAGCGGCUGUACGGCCAGUCCUGGCUGGAUCCCGUGGAUCUAGUCCGGCCCCAUGGGUCGCUGUUCAAGUUCCAGCAGGGACGGGCGGGAUAUGGGCCGCUCACGGCAGAGCUGCACGUGCAGCUGAGGGCACAGUACGAAUACGAGGGCUCGCACCUGUCACAUAGGGAGCGGCUCCGUGCCGGCAUUGCGGACCUGAAUGCCGAGCUGCACAGCAGCUGGCGGGCCAUGGUGGACAGCGGGGCGGUGUGAGACUGAGCCUAGGAGUAGGAGGUUCAUGAGUAGGCGCUCACCCACCCCUGGGCUCACGUAAUGAUUUCGGUUGGAAAGCUGAGGAGUCAAGGCUUGUGCAGUGUGCUGCGACAGCGGGUGCCGAAGUGGUAUGAAGCGUGAAGAUUGUUGGCACUGCAGCGUGACAUGACUGGGAUGGCCUGUGCCAGUGAGGCAUUCUGGUAGGGACAGGACUACCGGAUGCGGGGAUCGAACGACUGACCCCUGCUGCUGGUGAACGGUGCGCAGCGAGUCCGCGACGAUGUGACAGUGAUGCUGUAGUGUAUGCGGCGCGCAUUCGGGUGGGUAGUACAGGUAGUACAGGCCGCGGUAUGUAGUACCGUAGGCCUGCCUUGACAAUUGGGUGGGCUGGCGCUGGACCUCGUCCGUCGGGUGGCACCUUUAGGCACCCAAAGGACGUUGCGGUGUCGCUGCGAUUGGUUUGCCGCUUGCGCGACUACAUCGAACUUGUUCGCGCACAGAUGUACAAUGACCACGGGCCUGGGGGAGGCUUGGACGGGGCUUGGACGGGGUAGGGACCCUGCUGUCGCCAGGGCUAGCUCAUCCGAUCAU